CGGCGGCAGGAAGGAAUCCUGGAGGUCUGGCUCCUGGGCAGCUCUAAUCUCAGGGCAGAGCACUUCCUGUAGAGCAGGCCCAGACCCCACCCUAAACCAAAGCCUGAGGACAGAGGCUGUGGUCCUGCCACCACCUUUUCCCUGGGCUGUGGAGACUUGGCAGUGGAGUCCUGGGGAGGGGGCUCGCCGUGGGAUUUUGCAGACCCCAGCACAUCUCCCUGCAUGAUGCCCCUAGUCUCUCGUACGUCAGCCCCCAUACUACCACCUCCCUCCGCUGCGUGCACACAUUGCUUCCGUGGAGGCACUGGAACCCUUUGAUUCUCAGCUGCUGUCUGGGAGUGGACAGCGACGGCUCCACAAAGCUACACGCAGAUGUGCCCCUCCCCUGGAGCUGGACACCACCGGAGUAUGGACCACUCAGAUACGGCCACAGCGCUGCCGUCUAGGCUGGAGGAGCAGGGAAUGACCGCCUCCCAUCCUAACCUAGAACCUAGCCCCCGCGUGGCACCAUGUUCUUCUUCCCCGCAUCCUUGCCAGCCUUCGCUCCAGCCCACCCUCAGUCUCCCCACAUCCAAGGUUCUGAACCCAUUUUGACAUUUGACGCUUGGCUCAGCCCACCCCACCCCUUGCGUCUCCCCCCGCGGUCCGCAUUCCUCUUCCUUGAGGGGGCAGAUGUGGGGAGGCUGUGGAGUUAGGAGAGACAAUCAGAGUGGGGGAGGAGGCCUGCGGAGUCCGGCUAGGGCACAGGAAGGGCCGGGCUGUCCCACCGGGGAAGUGGGAGGGCGCCGAGGCGCCGGGAGGGAAGUGCCUGUUGCCCGGGGCUCAGAGCUAAUAGCCUAGCAGCCAGUGUGACUCCGAAACCUGCCCUGGGGUUAGCCCGUUCAGCUGCGGCAGUGAGUUGGGGGAAAGGAGGUAGCCGGGGCUCCUUUGCUUCAACCCUGAAUCCUGUGCCCCUGGCUUUUGCUAGAGCACCUCUGCAGUCUGGGUUUGAGGAAGGAGAAGCAAAGCAUUGAGCAGUCCCUUCACUGCCAACUGGGAGAAGGCAAGGAGGUCACACGGAGUGCCUGGGGGAGGUGGGAUAGCGAGGUUGGGAGGUCCGGGCGCAAGUGGCUUGGACCUGGUGAGAACGGCACAGCUGGGGCUAGCUGGGGCCUCAGACAGUAACCCACCCUGGCCCUCCUCAGCCCCAGGGGUCACCCCAAGGCGGUAUAGCUCUGGGCAGGGGAGACCAUGGCCCGCCUCUUCAGUCCCCGGCCGCCUCCCAGCGAAGACCUCUUCUACGAGACCUACUACAGCCUGAGCCAGCAGUACCCACUGCUGCUGCUGCUGCUGGUGAUCGUGCUCGUCGGGCUCCUGGCGCUGCUCGCUGUUGCCUGGGCCAGCGGCAGGGAGCUGGCCUCAGACCCGGGCUUCCUGACCACUAUGCUGUGCGGGCUGGGCGGCUUCUCGCUGCUGCUGGGCCUGGCUUCCCGCGAGCAGCGACUGCAGCGCUGGACGCGUCCCCUGUCGGGCCUCGUGUGGGCAGCGCUGCUCGCGCUAGGCCUCGGCUUACUCUUCACCGGGGGCGUGGUGAGCGCCUGGGACCAGGUGUCCUUUUUCCUUUUUGUCAUCUUCACCGUGUACGCCAUGUUGCCCUUGGGCAUGCGGGACGCCGCCGCCGCGGGUCUCGCCUCUUCACUCUCACACCUGCUGGUCCUCGGGCUGUAUCUUGGGCUUCAGCCGGACUCACAGCCCGCGCUGCUGCCGCAGCUGGCGGCAAACGCGGUGUUGUUCCUGUGCGGGAACGUGGCCGGAGCAUACCACAAGGCGCUGAUGGAGCGCGCGCUGCGCGCCACGUUCCGGGAGGCGCUUAGUUCCCUGCACUCCCGCCGGAGACUCGACACCGAGAAGAAGCACCAGGAACACCUUCUCUUGUCCAUCCUUCCUGCCUACCUGGCCCGAGAGAUGAAGGCAGAGAUCAUGGCACGGCUGCAGGCUGGACAGGGGUCACGGCCAGAAAGCACCAACAACUUCCACAGCCUCUAUGUCAAGAGGCACCAGGGAGUGAGCGUGCUGUAUGCUGACAUCGUGGGCUUCACGCGGCUGGCCAGUGAGUGCUCCCCUAAGGAGUUGGUGCUCAUGCUAAACGAGCUCUUUGGCAAGUUCGACCAGAUCGCCAAGGAGCAUGAAUGCAUGCGGAUCAAGAUCCUGGGAGACUGUUACUACUGUGUCUCCGGGCUGCCGCUCUCGCUGCCAGACCACGCCAUCAACUGCGUGCGCAUGGGGCUGGACAUGUGCCGGGCCAUCAGGAAACUUCGGGCAGCCACCGGCGUGGAUAUCAACAUGCGUGUGGGUGUGCACUCGGGCAGCGUGCUCUGCGGGGUCAUCGGGCUGCAGAAGUGGCAGUAUGAUGUCUGGUCCCAUGAUGUCACUCUGGCCAACCACAUGGAGGCGAGUGGAGUGCCAGGACGAGUACAUAUCACAGGGGCUACGCUGGCAUUGCUGGCAGGGGCUUAUGCUGUGGAGGAUGCAGCCAUGGAACACGGGGACCCAUACCUUCGGGAGCUAGGGGAGCCGACCUACCUUGUCAUCGAUCCCCGGGCUGAGGAGGAGGACGAGAAGGGCACUGCAGGCAGGUUGCUGUCCUCUCUUGAGGGCCCCAAGAUGCGUCCGUCACUGCUGAUGACCCGCUACCUGGAGUCCUGGGGUGCGGCCAAGCCUUUCGCCCACCUGAGCCACGUGGAGAGCCCUGUGUCCACCUCCACCCCUCUCCCGGAGAAGGCCCUGUCUUCCUUCAGCCCCCAGUGGAGCCUGGACCGGAGCCGUACCCCCCGGGGACUAGAUGAUGAACUAGACACCGGGGAUGCCAAGUUCUUCCAAGUCAUUGAACAGCUCAACUCUCAGAAACAGUGGAAACAGUCAGAGGACUUCAACCCAUUGACACUGUACUUCCGAGAGAAGGAGAUGGAGAAAGAGUAUCGGCUCUCUGCACUCCCCGCCUUCAAAUACUAUGCCGCCUGCACCUUCCUGGUUUUUUUCUCCAACUUCAUUAUCCAGAUGCUGGUGACAAACAGGCCCCCAGCUCUGACCAUCACCUAUAGCAUCACCUUCCUCCUCUUCUUCCUCCUCCUCUUCGUCUGCUUCUCAGAGCACCUGACGAAGUGUGUCUUGAAAGGCCCCAAGAUGCUGCACUGGCUGCCCACACUGUCUGUCCUAGUGGCCACACGGCCCGGACUGCGAGUUGCCCUGGGCACCGCUACCAUCCUACUCGUCUUCUCCAUGGCCAUUACCAGCCUGGUCUUCUUACCGGCAGCAUCAAACUGCCCUUUCCGGGCUCCCAAUGUGUCCUUCACGGCUUCCAACCUCUCCUGGGAGCUCCCUGGGUCCCUGCCUCUCAUCAGCGUCCCCUACUCCGUGCACUGCUGCGUGCUGGGGUUCCUCUCCUGCUCCCUCUUCCUGCACAUGAGCUUCGAGCUGAAGCUGCUGCUGCUGCUGCUGUGGCUGGCAGCCUGCUGCUCCCUCUUCCUGCACUCCCACGCCUGGCUGUCUGACUGUCUCAUCGCCCGCCUCUAUCUGGGUGCCUUGGACUCCAGGCCAGGGGUGCUGAAGGAGCCUAAACUGAUGGGAGCAAUCUCCUUCUUCAUCUUCUUCUUCACCCUCCUGGUCCUGGCUCGGCAGAAUGAGUAUUACUGCCGCCUGGACUUCCUGUGGAAGAAGAAGCUGAGGCAAGAGCAGGAGGAGACAGAGACGAUGGAAAACCUGACUCGGCUGCUCUUGGAGAACGUGCUCCCCGCGCACGUAGCCCCCCAGUUCAUCGGCCAGAAUCGGCGCAACGAGAAACUUCGGUUGAAUGAUCCUGCUCUAGAUCCUCAGAUAUCUUGCUACAGUCAGAGGAUCAGAGGUCACUCACAUAUCCGCACCAUCUUCUCUGUACCACCACCACCUCGCACUGUCUGCUGUGGAAACUCUGUUGGCCUGUAUCAAGAGGGUGUUAAAAGAAAUGGCUCAGGGGCUAUGUCGCAGCCUUGUGCCUCACCACAUGCUCUCUGCUCUCGAGAUCAGUAGUAGCUCUGCUUCUCCUGGUUUCUUCUCUUAUAGACACUGGAAAUCUGGUAACUGAUCCUGUUUCUGUCUUCUCAUUGGCUACUAGAAAGCUCAGAGCCAGAAUCUGGGAUUAAUGAGAUUCCCCCUUUCCCUACCAUUGCUCUUUUUUUUUUUUUUUUUUUUUUGAGUUUGAACAAAAAUCCUUUUCUCAAAG